UUCUUCGGAAUGAAUCUUUCCAAGAAAACCCCAUGAUAGCCUAAAGUUUGCCAUAAGUCGGAAACGACUUGAAAGCACACAACAGCAACAACAAAAAUAUACCUCACAUCAUAAAUUUCUGGAAGAUAAAAUCAGACCAAUAUUGGGGGAUUUUGCAUUUAAUCAUGAUGAAAGAUGGAUAGACAGCUAUAGGAAUUGUAGACCUAAAUCCAGUAACUAAAUCUCAGCUAGACCCAAUGAGACAAUUGUAAGUCAACACUGGUAUAAAAUCACAUUGAUUCAAUAGAUCUCAGUUAGUUGGGAGUAGCAAUUGGACAUAGGCUGUAAAGUUUGGGAAGCCUUAUAGAAGUAUGUGGGGUUUUCCACUCUAAAAAAGGAUUAGAGACCAGGUUGCUGCUCUAUGAUGAGAAAGACCUCUAGACUGCUUUUAGAAAUGCUGCAGUCAUUGCUUUUCAGACUGCCACAUUUACUGAAUUUUGCAAGGGAUCUAGAUAUAAUUAUCUUCAAAUUGUAGUCUUCUGAUGUCCUUUUGUUUGUUCUAUAGUUUCUUCUUGCCAGUGAAAAUCUAUUAUGGAAGAAAGCUACAAUAGCUUCACAAUGUCAUUCAGCUGUGACCAGUAAGAGCCAUCAGUCCAAAAGUAUCCAUAGUAGUCCAAAAAGAAAUUAUACAACAUCUGUUGUCAAUUGUUUUCAGAACAAGCCUCUUAGAAUAAUAUUGUAUGCACCCAGGGUGAAGGCUUUCACUUUUCUGAAGAGCUGAAACCACUGUGCACUAAUAGAAUCAACAAACAAUGGCAACUUUCAAAUUACUAGUUUCAUAUAGGGACUGUGCCAGAGGAAAUGCUUCCAAAGUUGCUUGGUAGGAACAAAAUCAGUCCAGCAUGGAUAGAUUUAAUACAGCUAGGGAAUAUACAGAUUAUAAAUUUAGAGAGUUUUUCAGAUUUUUCUUUAAUCUAUCAGUUCUGCUGCCAAACAAGAAUUUAAAAAAGUCUGAUGAAUUUGAAGACCCAAUGAGAUCUGUAUUCACUACAAAAACUUGCUGUCUUGCAGAUGUAAUCUUGGUCAUAGAAACAGCUACAGUGCUGCUUACUCUGCCUGUAACUUGUUCUCUGUAGUGGAAGAAUAUGGGAUUUCAGCUGUUUCAUUCUUUGGUUCUGCAAAUACUGUCACAUGUGCACGUGAUAGCAUGGGCUUCAUUCCAUGCCUGAAAUGCCAACCAUUACAUCAGAAUUUGUUAUUAAAUGUCCUCAAGUUGACUUCAACAUACGGCAAUCCUAUGAAUGGGAGACCUCCAUCAACAGCUUUGUUCAGGUCUUGCAGACUCAGGGCCAUGGCUUCUUUGAUUAAGUCUAUCCAUCUGGAACACAGUCUUCCUAUUUUCCUGCUGCUUUCUACUUUACCAACUAUUGUCUUUGAAAGGAAUGAUGCAGGGCCUAAGAAGACUAAAAAGUGUUUUCAUUCCUCUUCCGGCCACUCUGAAGAAGCUUCCCCUGCUGUUAACUGUAGAUCAGCAAGCGGGGAUUACACAUGCUUGCUUCCACAUACAGCCACUGCUCUGCCUGGCUUGAAACAUCAAACUGAUUGGAGGCCCAUAUCGGGUCUGGUGGUGUUGGACAGCAGCACCAGUGAUCAAGACUCCCUAUGUAGCCUUAUCAGAAAUGGCCCUUUCCCUUCUGCAACAUGUUUCAGCCUCCAAGGACAGACCUGGUGUGACCUAUGGUUGUGGGAUGGAGAUGGCAGAGCUGUGCUUCACUCUUCUGUGCGAGAAUUUUUGGGAAGUGAGGCCAUGCAUUAUCUUGGAAUUCCUACAAGCCGAGCUGCGAGCUUAGUUGUGAGUGAUGAUGAUGUGUGGCGAGAUCGGUUCUACAAUGGGAAUGUUAGGAAAGAAAGAGGUGCAAUUGUCUUACGUGUUGCCAAAUCAUGGUUUCGAAUUGGAUCGCUAGAAAUAUUAGCUCAUUCAGGAGAACUGGACUUGCUGAGAAUGGUGCUAGAUCAUGUCAUAGAUGAACAUUUUCCUUCAAUAAACCUAUAUGAUCCUAAUAGAUAUCUGGCCUUUUUCUCUAGAGUAGUUUCUGAAACUGCAAAUUUGAUGGCCUUGUGGAUGUCAGUAGGUUUUGCUCAUGGUGUGUGCAACACUGACAAUUUCAGCCUCUUGUCUAUAACCAUAGAUUAUGGCCCGUUUGGGUUUAUGGAUUCUUAUGAUCCAGAUUUUGUCCCAAACACAUCAGAUGAUGAAAGACGAUAUAAAAUAGGAAACCAGGCAAAUGUUGGGAUGUUUAAUCUGAACAAGCUGUUACAGGCUCUAAACCUUUUAUUGGCUCCCAGACAAAAGCAGCUGGCUUCUCAAAUACUUGAGGGAUAUUCUGAGCAAUAUUAUAGAUGCUUUACAGAAAUAUUCAAAAGAAAAUUAGGUCUCCUAGGCAAUGAUGAUGAGGAUAACUAUUUGAUUGCAUUUCUUUUAAAACUCAUGGAAGAUUCAAGAGCAGAUUUCACAAUGACUUUUCGGCAGCUCAGUGAGAUUUCACAAGACCAACUGAAGGACCUCAGCAUCCCCAAGGAAUUUUGGGCUUUGCAGGAUGUGGCUGAGCACGAGUUCUUUUCCCACUGGGUGAAUCUGUAUCUCUUGAGAUUAAAAAGGAAUAAAGGUGACUCAGAUUUUGAGCGAAGGAAAAGAAUGACUGGUAUUAAUCCUAGGUAUGUGCUCCGAAAUUGGAUGGCAGAGUCAGCUGCUCAAAAAGCUGAGAAGAAUGAUUUUUCUGAGGUCCGCCUCUUGCAACAGAUUUUGCAGUUCCCCUUUCAGGCACAAACAGUGGCUGAGAGAGCUGGUUAUGCACAACGUCCCCCUGCUUGGGCCCAAGAGGUUAAAAUCAGCUGUUCAUCUUGAUGAAAAUGAUUUGUAAUCAAGAUUAAAUAAAAAAGUACAGGCUUUGAAUAAUGCAAAAGGA